GGCGUUCAAGAGUGACGGUGUAUCCGGGAGACAGCCGGUGGGCUGCAGAGAAAGUUGCUCAGUUUACCUUUGAUAAUUUGCAUUGCAUUCAUUGUCUUGUUGGUUCGAUUGCAGUUUAAAGCCGUCGGGAUGGCUUUCGAUGUAAGACGACUUGAUAUCUACAGGAAAGUACCAAAAGACCUUACACAGCCCACAUACACAGGAGCAUUUAUUUCCAUCUGCUGCUGCGUGUUCAUGCUGUUCCUUUUCUUAUCAGAACUGACUGGCUUCAUUGCUACUGAAAUAGUGAAUGAAUUGUACGUGGCUGACCCUGACAAAGAUAGUGGAGGAAAAAUUGAAGUGAAUCUAAAUAUCAGUUUACCUAACCUUUCGUGUGAUGUUGUUGGAUUAGACAUCCAAGAUGAAAUGGGAAGACAUGAAGUUGGCCAUAUUGAUAACUCCAUGAAACUUCCUCUAAAUAAUGGCCAAGGCUGUAGGUUUGAGGGACAGUUCAGCAUUAAUAAAGUUCCAGGCAAUUUCCAUGUAUCCACACACAGUGCCACCGCACAACCAGAUAAUCCAGACAUGACUCAUGUGAUUAACAAGCUGACAUUUGGUGAAAUAAUAGAGGUUAGAAAUGUUCAAGGUGCUUUUAAUGCCUUAGCUGGAACAGAUAAACUUAGUUCAAAUGCUCUAGCAUCACAUGACUAUGUACUGAAGAUCGUCCCCACAGUAUAUGAAGAUUUAAAGGAAAAGCAACGCUUUUCCUAUCAGUACACAGUGGCACAAAAGGAAUAUGUGGCAUAUAGUCACACGGGCCGUAUUAUACCUGCCAUCUGGUUCCGAUAUGACCUUAGCCCAAUCACUGUCAAAUAUAUUGAACGACAGCAGCCAUUAUACAGGUUUAUUACAACAAUUUGUGCAAUCAUUGGAGGAACAUUUACAGUUGCUGGGAUCAUAGACUCUUGCAUUUUUACAGCAUCUGAAGCCUGGAAGAAGAUUCAACUGGGCAAAAUACACUAGCAACAAUGUAUGCAAUUACUGAGCCAGUCCAGUAUGCAAGUAAUUGAUUUAAAAUGAAUUGAGAUUUUUAUUUAUGCUGGACUACCAACCAGAUUCAUUCAAAGUUACAGCUAGAUUUUGGGUAAUUCUGUUUCAUUCUGUAGUCAUUAAGAAGUGAAAUCUGUUGCGCAGGAAGUUUGAAUAUCUAAAUUGCAAAUAUUUUUGAAUGACAAAAAUAACUUCUGCACGCCUGUCUUUAAUAAGAUUACAUUAUUUUCUGACGUAAAUUGGUAACAUUGUUGAAAAAAAAUCUAAAGCUGAAAGUUGUUGAGUAAAAUAGAAUUUGCCUUUCCUGAUCUUAAAGCUUACAGAAAAGUGGACAAUGAAGAGACACCUUUUUGUUUUGUUUUACAUUUUUAUGCAACAUGAUUAAAGUUAGAUUUGUUUAGUUCUUUUAACCAAGUUCAACGUACCACUUAACACAUCGAUUUGGAUAUCACUUUUUUUGUUAUAUGUAUCAUCUUUCGUCUGUGUCUUCCUUUGGCCCGACAUGUCUGUGCUGACCAUGAUGCUAUUUUAAACUAAUCCCAUCUGCCUGCACAUGGUCCGUAUCCCUCUAUUCCCUGCCAGUUCAUGUGCCUGGCUAAAUGUCUCUCAAACUGUGCUAUCAUAUGUUUCCACCACCUCCCCUGGCAGUAUUUUCCAGAAGGGAUCAGAAAUUUAAUUUGCAUUGUUUUAUCUUACUGUCUGUAUAUAUAACACACAUGCAUAUUUUGAAGGGUAUGUUGGUAGUUUUGUUUUAAAGAACACUUGCACAUAAAUUUUGAGACUGCUUUUUGAGGACUAUAAUCAGAGCUUAAAGUUAAAAAUUAGGAUCUAUAUUUAUAUUGGUAUGCCAUUUUGUUCAUAGAUAUUUACUUGUACUUUAAUGUAUUCAAACUUCUUUGGAUACGAAUAACCUCCAUGCUGGAAUUUUAGAUAACUCUAAGCAAUUAUUUGAUGGGUUUAAAAAAGCUGUAUUUAUCUGAAGUGAAUCAUCAAACAGAAAUUAAUGAUUUUUUCUCCAUUAUGGUUAGUGAAAAUACAGUGACACUCAAACUUUCAAGGUGCAGCUAUAAUAAUGAUAUGUAAACCUUCUAUUUCAGUUAUUGUUAAUUCCGUAGAUACUUAGCUGAUAGAAAACCAGUUCUAAUGUACUAAAAUUGAAACAAAUCGCUUGAGAAAACUGUUGAAAAUUGUACCUUGCUGGUGGAAUAGAUGAACAGUGAUAUUUAAAUAUUUUUCUCCAAUGCAUAGUGCCAAAUGUCUUGAAAAGCAGUAUGAUUCCAUCAUCUAAAUUAUUUUUAAAGUUUAUAAUGAAGUUAUUUAAAACACAAUAUUUGGUCCUCCCAGAAUUAUGAAGAAGCAAAUAUAAUUCAGUAAACAUUUGUGCAGUAAAAAUUUAAAGCAGGAUCAUGUAAAAAAAAUUGUUCAGUAUUUUGCGGUUUCCGAUUCUCUCCAAAGUACACAGCAAUAUGUUUUUUCCCCCCGCUUACCUUUUGAGCAUGUUUGGUUUCCAGCCUUUCUGAAAAAGGGACGGCAGUCAUUUUUUGUUGUCAAAAGUAGGCUUACUAAAACAAUCUGUAUUUUUCACUUUUAAUUGUAAUGCGGUUCUAAAGGACGAGAAAACAAUUUCACCUUCCAAAAUGUUUCACAUAGUUCCUUACUUGAGGCAGGUUUAUUUGUUUUAAGUAUAUUAUAUUUGUCUAUGAUAUGAAAGUUACUACAUGAACUGUCUGGUUGCAUUCUGGAAAUGAUGUAGAUCCACAUUUUAAAAUAAAUUCUUUUAAUAUUGCUGCAAUGGUGCCACUUAUGUCUAUUCUGCAUGGCAGCAAUUACCAUACUAGCUAGCAGUUUCCUGAAACCAUGCACUGUCGCAGUAAUCCUGUCAAAUUAUAAAAUGAUGGAUGUGUGUGAAGCAAGUAUGGUAUGAUUUGCAGAAUGUCUUUUCUAAAAACAACACAUGAUGACAAUAACCUUGUUAAAACUUCUACCAUCAUUUUCCAUCCAUUUGGAUUGAAAGGUGCUGUGUUUGUCAUUGUUCUUAACUGAGAUGAAUGCAUUUCUGUUUUCUUUUCAGUUGACAUGUACAAUAUUUGUGACAGUGAAGGAGAUCGAAAAUUAACCAAAAAAAGCACCAUCCCAAUGUUGGCUGAAUUCUGCAGAAAUUCCACAUUGAACUUGUGAUGCUGAAAAAAUUGUAUAUAAUCUCCUAUCUAAUGAAAACUACUUGAAAUAUUGCAUUUCCCCUUUCAAUCAAUAGUUAAAUUGGGGGAAAAAAGUAGAAUAAGGCACAAAAUUAGGGAACCUCAAUCUUCCCAAAUGUUUCAGGCAUUUCUUUGCAUUAUGACAGUUAAUUUGUUUAAAACCUGUGAUGUUUGAGUACUGCCUUUAUGCAAAUUAGUAUGCAAACUGGUUGUAAUUUGGAAGAUGGUGUACUUCUAUUUUUUAAAAAGAACUUUGUAUAUUGAUCCUCCUUGUUUUGUUAAAUAUAAAUCAUUGCAGUCAGAAGUGAGGUUAGGAUAUUAAUCUCCCAAGACCAGAGAGAAUUCUUCUGUUUGCUGGUUAAAAUGUCAAAUUCCCAAAAACAAUUGUGUUAAAAUCUAGGAUUCAAAGUGCUAUGGUAACCUUGGACAUGAGCAUUGAUGUUCCUGUGCAAAUAUUAGCAAUAGAAUCCACUUACAACUUUUUAGUAUGGGACUCCAAAGAGUUGUGUGGAUUUAGCUACACUUUAUGACUGCAGCUUCAAUUGCUGCAUUGAGUUCUUCGCAAAGGUGUGAAGAAUACACCAGCACAAACUUACAGUAUUGACAAUCAAGGCUAUCACUUUGACAAAACAACCACUGAUUCUAUAGGAUGCAACUUUGGCAUUUUAUUUUGUGGAACUUGAAGAACAUGUAAGAGACUAACUGUUUUUAACCAGUUUUAUUAUGUUUGAUUCUGCUGAUAUUUGCAUUAUUUAAUUGACUGUUUAAAUAUGUUGCAAUAUCCUUAACUCUUGUGGAUAUAGCAAUGUAGGCUGUUCAGAAAUUAGUACAGGGGUUAAUGUAGGCUUCAAAUUAAAGGCAUUGUCAGGCAGAAAUGUGUCUCGCUGCAGAUUUUUGUUUCUGUUUCCAGAAACUUCCAAAAUUUAUUGCGUUUAUAGCAGUGUCCACAAAAUCUGGCCGCCCUCCUCUAUGAAUGAAUUCAAGUGUCAAAGGCCAUUUUAUCAGAAUUAGUUUUCCUGGCAUUUUUCCAAAUCAUCUCUAUUUGCAGUGUAUCAUGUAUUAGGGCAGGCUUUUGAAACCUGUGGGGUGCGAUGCUCACUGCAGUCACUAGCGAAAAUUUUGGGUCCAGAGUUCUGACCGACUGCGAACAAUAGUUGUGAAUGUGGCAGCGCAAGCUUGGUGGGGAGGGAGCCAAAGGCCCAUUCCUGUGCUGAAUUGUUCUUUAGUCUAACUGGUUAAUUCCUCAGGUUUAACUGGUGUAUUACAAAUCAUCAUGGGAAAAUUGCAUGUUUAAACUUAAAAACUUUGUGGAUUAAACAACUCCUAACACCAUCCCUCCCCUUAUUGUAAUUUUCGAGCAUUGAGGUUGCGCCAUAGUUGGAAACAAGUUGGAAAGGACUGGAUUAGGGAUACUUGUUUUGCAUUACAUCAAGCCUGAAGGAAUGAUUUACUUUUCAUUCUCUCUAAUAUCAUCAGAAUUAUAAUAACAAGUGCCAAACAUACUACUGGUAUUUUCAUUAGUCUUUUAUAUACAAUACUGUUGAUCUGACCAAUAAUAUGCAAAAAGAAACUAAGGGAGAACUGUUCUUUUUAGGAGAGAUUUGUCCUUGCAGCAUGUGACAUGUUCACAUUGGGUAGUACAUCUCUAAUUUUAAUUUACUUCCUGGUAUUCUUUUGGAUUUUCGAAAUGUCAAAGAUACUUUCCUUAACUUUUUGGCCUUAACUUGGAUUAUUUUUGGUGUACUUAACAUAGCAUUUUCAUGCAUUUUAACUUCUCC